UGACGCGGGAGCCGGAAGAGGAUGGCGGCGGGAUGGGGCGCGCGGGGCUGGCGGCUGAUGCUGCCGCUGCUGCUGGCCGGGGCGGCGCUGGCUCCGGGGCUGGCCGGCGGGACUGCGUCGGAGCCGGGCCGCUGGAGCCGGACGGCCGGCGGCGGGAACCAAAAGAAUCUUUUCAUCUUCUCCAAGACGAUGUUCAAAGGGACUUGGAUCAUCCUCAAAUUUCCCCAUGAAUUCUGCAAGGAUCAGGACGGGGUCCUGAACAUCACCUGGUACCUCCGCACUUCCCGCUGCCACCAUGAAGUCUACAUAAAUGAAAACGAAGCCUUGACCUACCUGAGCAAUCCCGACAUUGAAGCCAGCGUCCUCGGAGACGGCGAGUACACCUGGAACAACACCUCGGUGCAGUGUGGACAGUUGCACAAGUUGAAUGUCCAGGAACUCCCACUUCCGAAAAAGCUGAGGCACCUCUCAAAUGAAGGGACCUCUGUGCGAAAGAGAGAGGCCAAGGGAGGAGACAAGGAGAAGGGGUCCGACCCCCCACAUCAGGAGGCCCAGAAGCCCAGCGAGACGCAGGAGGUGAAGCCCCCUCUCUCGGCCCACGGAGAACCUGCAGAAGACAAGAAAAAAGUGGAUGUGCCGAAGAGGAAAUUGGAGCCCAUCACCGUUGCCGAAACUUGGAAGGAUGGCCCUUACGUCUUCAUCCUCAGCAUCGCGAGCCCCUCGCCCAACUGGGAGCUCUCGAUUGACGUUCAGAUGAAACAUCCUCAGUACAUCUACAUCUCUGCCUCGGAGUGGCCCCUCAAGGUGUUCUACAUGGUGAUGUGCAUCGUUUACGUGCUCUACGGCGUGUUGUGGCUGAUUCUCCUGGGCUGCUACUGGCGGGAUAUUCUGCGCAUCCAAUUCUGGAUCGGCGGUGUUAUCCUGCUGGGCAUGUUGGAGAAGGCGGUCUUCUACGCCGAAUUCCAGAGCAUUCAAAGCGAAGGCCAAUCAGUCCAAGGCGCCGUCAUCUUCGGUGAGGUGCUGUGUGCUGUGAAGAGGAUGCUGGCUCGAGUCCUCGUCAUCCUCGCCAGCCUGGGAUACGGCAUUGUCAAGCCGCGCCUUGGGGCCCUUCUGAAUCGCGUGGUCGGUGUUGGGUUGAUGUACCUGGUCUUCUCCAUCAUCGAAGGCGUACUGCGGGUGAAAUCGGAACAAGCUAACAUGGUCACCUUGAGCUGCGAGAUAUUUCUCGCUUUUGUCGACUCCUGUAUCGUCUGGUGGAUCCUGAUCAGUUUGGUGCAGACCAUGAAGCUGCUGAAGCUGCGAAGGAACCUGGUUAAACUGUCUCUCUACCGUCACUUCACCAACACCCUCAUCUUCGCCGUCAUAGCCUCGCUGAUCUUCAUCGUCUGGACUACGAAGACUUUCCAUCUUGCCACCUGCCAAUCCGACUGGCGGGAACUCUGGAUCGACGACGCCUUCUGGAGGUUCCUCUUCUCCAUCCUCUUGCUGGUGAUCAUGUUCCUCUGGAGACCCUCCGCCAAUAAUCAAAGAUACGCCUUCAUGCCUCUGGUGGACGAAGGCAGCGAGCAGGAGGAAGAGGAAGAGGAGCAGGUGGUCAACGAAGUCUUCGGGAUGAAGAUGAGGGGGGGGAAACCGGAAGUCAACGGGAUUCUAAAAGGCAACCGAGUGGAUGAAGACUUGAAAUGGGUUGAAGAAAACAUUCCCUCUUCCAUGGCUGAUGUCAUGUUGCCACCGCUGCUGGACUCCGACGAGGAAAUAGUGACCACAAAGUUUGAGAUGUCCAAGAUGGAAUAAAAUUGGCCUCCUGGCCGGCUGCUCCGACCAGUUUGACUGACGGGUUUUGUACAAAGGGAUGGGCCUGGGAAGCACGUUCCUCUUUUCAUCCUUUUCUUUCUUUCUUUCCUUUCUUUUCCCAACUGUUAAAAAACUCUUUUGUUUUUUUAAA